CAAUUUUCAAAGGCCUUUCUUCAACGCGCAUAGAAAGAUUUGGUGCCACAUAUGUAUAUAUAUAUAUAUAUAUAUAUAUGCCCAUCCGAGUGCUCAAACCUCUCCAACACAUAUUGCAAAAUAGUGGAAAUUCCAAGAUCGAAAAGAUGAAGCAGCUUGUAACCCAAUUCUUGUUUUGCUGGUUCUUCAUUGUUCUUGUUUUGCAUUCAUCCCGACCUGCAACAUCUCAAGAAGUUGAUGAUGAACGAGAAUUUGACUACAGUGAGGAAAGUGGAAAGGGACCGUCUCAAUGGGGAAAGAUUAAUCCUGACUGGAGCUUGUGCAAAGAUGGAUCAAUGCAAUCUCCGAUUGAUUUGCUAAAUGAAAGGGUGGAAAUUGUUUCCCAUUUAGGGAGACUUAAUCGGAAUUACCGUCCCUCUAAUGCCACUCUCAAAAAUAGAGGCCAUGACAUGAUGGUGGAAUGGGAAGGCGGCGCAGGAUAUAUUGAAAUAAAUGGUACUCAAUAUGUACUCAUGCAAAGCCAUUGGCACUCACCCUCUGAGCACACUAUCAAUGGCCGGAAGUUUGAUCUAGAGGUGCACAUGGUCCAUAAGAGUUCAGAUGGAAAAGUUGCUGUGGUUGGAAUUAUGUACACGAUUGGACGCCCUGAUUCUUUCUUGUCAUCGAUGAGGCAUCAGUUGUCAGCCGUUGCCGGUAACAGUGAAGAAGUGACAGCGAUGGGAAUCGUCAACCCAAAGAACAUAAAGAUAGGCAGUAGAAAGUAUUACAGAUAUAUUGGGUCCCUUACAAUUCCCCCUUGUAUUCAAAAUGUUGUAUGGACCAUCGUGAGAAAGGUGAGGACUGUUACACGAGAACAAGUUAGGUUGCUUCGCGUGGCCGUUCAUGAUGACUCAGACACAAACGCAAGACCACUACAACCACUAAAUAUGCGCUCAGUGCAUCUAUAUAGACCAAGUGAAGUGGAAGAUUAAACUCGCAUCAUUUUAUGUUCUGCACGAAUAAUGCAACCAUCAACCUAGCUAUGAGAUUGCGCGUUUUCAGUCACUGUCAGUUUGUGAUCACUUACUAGUUUUUUGUAAGAUUUUUAUAGACCUAGUAUUAAUUUAUUUUUAUAUAUGGUGUUGAUGGAACAUACGAUAGAAUUAAGGCUUAGAACUUGGGACGAAUUACAUAUACAUGAUGUAUUAAAUUUA